AUGAUUAGAGACUUAAAAAGUCGACUAGAGGGCUCAAAACCCGCAUUUGUCAACGAUAAAAACUCUAUUUUCCAGGAUGUUCGGAUCUUUUCAAAGGUCCCAAUCAACUCAAAGAAAUGCGCCAAAGUCUUGACGAAGAUUUUGAGUAUGUUGUCCUGCGGAAAUGAAAAGUUGUCAGAGACUGAAUCGACGGAGAUAUUCUUUGGAGUUACAAGGCUUUUUGAAGCAGAUGAUGAAAGGUUGAGAAGGCUGAUAUACCUGUUGAUAAAGUUGUUGCCAGUUAAUGAGACUGAAAUAUUUAUAGUAACGAGUUCCUUAACGAAGGACAUGAAUAGCCAAAACUACGUCUACAGAGCUAAUGCAAUAAGAUCAAUUUGUUAUAUCAUGAAAGGCGCAGUUUCACCCCAAAUUGAACGAUACCUAAAGUCAUCGCUGGUUGACAAACAGCCAUAUGUUUCAUCAUCAACUCUACUCUGCUCAAUUGGAAUGUCAUUGAGGAACUCAGAAAUGCUAAAGCGGUGGUUUUCCGAGAUUACAACAUGUCUUUCAAACAAGAGUGAAAUGGUACGCUUUCAUGCCACAAUACUGCUGUUUAUACUCCGCUAUAAUGAUAAGCAGUCGAUAAGGAAGUUGGUGAGUAUGUUAGAAGAUGAUGGAGAACAUGUAAUAUGCUUUAUAAUAAGAUUUACAGUUUACAACUCAUCAUUUGUAGAGGCAAAACCACUACUACUUAAGUAUUUAUCCCACACCUCCCCAUUGGUAAAAUUGGAAGCAGUCAAGGGCUCAAUAUACCUGUUUUCAACCACGUUUGUCCCUAAGGGAGGAAAUGUAACUAAUGGGACAAAACAAUCUAACGGUUCCGAUGACAGGGCCAAGGUAAGAUUUGACAAUAGUGCCAAUGACUAUAAUGAACAUAACGAUAUCAUAAAUAGAGUGUUGGAAGUGUUAUUACACUUUUUAACAAUUGGAGACGUGUACACAUUCGCCUCAAUGCGCCAAAUUUCUAAAUUGGCACAACUAAUGCCAGAGAAAAUACAUUCAGCAAACAAACAAUUGGAGUCAUUCAUCACUUGCGGUAAUAGAACACUUUGCUCCCUGGCACUAUUAACCCUGUUGCAGACUGGAAGUUCAGACACUGUAGAGAGUCUUUUGGCGCAGGCGUCCACUUUAUCCGGCGACUUUAAGCUUGAAGUCACGCGAGCAAUUAAGCGUCUGUGCAUCUCACACCCAGACAAGUUCAGACAUGUGCUCAAGUUCCUGGCCGUUAAUUUCAGGCAGGAGACGGCCUACGCACCGAAGGCUGAGAUGGUAGAUGCAACAAUACAGAUCGUGUCAGAAAUUCCGAAAGCAAGAACAAUGGGGAUUUCUAACCUGUGCGAGUUCAUCGAAGACUGUGAGUACCCUGAAAUUAACUGUAGAAUUAUAAAGUUUCUCGGAGAAAACAUACCGAACACGUCUAAUCCCACCGAAUACAUUAGGUUCAUAUACAACAGGUUAAUGCUUGAGAACCCACUGGUAAGGAGUGCAAGCAUUGAUGCUCUAGAGAACAUAGCCAAAGCCCUGCCUGAGUUACGCACAUGUAUACUAUUCAUAAUACAGUCUACAAAUUCACUGUAUAAUUUUCAACUCCAUUCUGAUAUAAACAUGUCACACUAUUAUAUCAGUACUCUGGAGAACGGUACCGGUUCUGUAGAUUAUUUGGCCAAGCUGGAUGAUUUUAGUAACAAAUUAAAUGGUCAACGAAAUGGUGCAUCUGCAACUACCCAUGAGUACAAAGUGGAUAAAGAGGAUGUAUCUGAGUUGAUGGAAAUAUAUAAUGGGCUAGGAGAGGAAAAAGUAAAUUUAUCCAAGCUAUUAAAUAAACUAAAUGAUAGAAUAAAUGAUGUUGAUGGAGCUGAGCCACUGGACUCAGUGGAUAGUUACGUGAUUGAAAGAUUAUCAAGCGGAAGUAGCACAGACCGUACAAGUGAUAGCUUUAGUGAUGUACAAAUGGACGUGCCAGUGAAGACUAAAGUAGGUCUACCAGCUGAUAUAAUAGAACUGGUUGGCAGUGAGUUAACCCCUACCGUAGAUAUAAGACUAACUGAAGAGGAGGAAGAUUAUAACGUAAUGGCAAGGUUAUUUGUAAACUUAAAUCACUUGGUUAUUGAAUUUAAUGUAGAAAAUACUCUAAAUAAUCAAUCACUUGAAAAUGUGUCUAUUGCUCUUAAUACUAACGACUGCCACAACUCCUCAUCAUACACUAUUGUACACUCCAGUACAAUAGAGCAACUGUCCUCUAAUGAAUCUGAAGUCCUAUAUAUAGUGUUGAAGAAUAACUCACCAGGUAAUGAGUACAAUAGUGUGCUGAUGGGAAACGUACAAGUAAAUUUAAAGUAUAAAGUAAUUUGCCCGACUGAAAUAUACGAAGAUUCACUUAAUAUUAACAAUCUACACCUUAAUUUUUCCAGCUAUGUGUGUAAGUGGAGUUUAACUGAGGAGGAAUUCAGUUCAUUGUGGGAAAAUUUAGAAGAACAUGAGGAAGUAGGGACGUAUAACUUACAAUUUAAAAGACUCCAAGACUCUGUAGAUGAAGUGGUAAAGUAUCUAGGAAUGAGCGUAGCCAUGGAAAAAAAUGUAAAUAAGAUAACAUGGAUAAAUUUGGGAGGGAAAUUUCUGGGAGAGUAUGAAGUAUUGGCAAGGGCUUCAUUUGCACAGCCAAAUCAGUCGACUUGUAUGCUGAAACUACAAGUCAGGUCAGACAAUCGCGUUGUAUCAAGAUUAUUACUAUCACAACUUGAAUAA